CGCUUUAAUACAGCUGGGACACAACACACUGCACGGAGAGGGGCAGCGAUGGCAGACACACUGCUGAUGCACACGGCGGGCGGUGGGAUAUCUGCUCAAAUCUCGGAAUGUAACUCCUCAGUGCAACUGCUUUUUUAUUGACAAAAAAAUUAAACCGUGUUAAAUUUGUCGUCCAACGCCGGCGACGUGUUUGAUCCUCUGCGUGUCUGAGUGCACGAGACUAUAAUAUGCACGUCGUUUUCUCGACAUUGUACUAAUGUAGGCUGUCGAUUGCACAGUGAUUACCAUUUGAGGCUCUUGCGGUUGAAGCUUAAAAUCGUAAAAUCGCACCGAUCACAAGCAGCAGCACUAUUUUCUUCUUUAUUGCGCGAUUUGAAGCAUCAUCCUUCAGCACAGGGAGGAUCCGCGCGGGGAAAACAGCACGCGCACUCACGCACGCACGCACGCACGCGCGCGCUCUCAGAGGAUGCUCCGGGUGUGAAAACACAAAUUAACCAUGGGCAAAGAUCAGGAACUGCUCCAGGCCGUGAAGACCGAGGAUUUAAUCACGGUACAGAAACUCCUGCAGAGGCCCAAACCCGGCAAAGCAAAGUUGCUGGGUUCUGCCAAGAAGGUGAAUGUGAACUUCCAGGACACAGAUGGAUUCUCUGCACUCCACCAUGCUGCCCUCAAUGGGAACCUGGAGCUCAUUUCUCUGCUGCUGGACUCUCAGGCCAUGGUGGACAUCAGGGACCAGAAAGGCAUGCGUCCUCUACACUACGCUGCAUGGCAGGGGAGAUCUGAGCCGAUGAAGAUGUUACUAAAAUCUGGCUCGUCGGUUAACGCGCAGUCAGAUGAGGGACAGAUUCCUCUUCAUCUGGCUGCACAGCAUGGACACUACGACGUGUCAGAAAUGUUGCUGCAGCACCAGUCAAACCCGUGCAUCGUGGACAACGCUGGAAAAACACCGCUGGACCUUGCAUGUGAAUUUGGACGAGUCGGAGUGGUACAGCUUCUUCUGAGCAGUAAUAUGUGCGCCGCUCUUCUGGAGCCAAAACCAGGAGACUCAACUGAUCCGAAUGGCACCAGUCCACUUCACCUUGCCGCUAAAAACGGACACAUCGACAUCAUUAGGUUAUUGAUCCAGGCUGGCAUUGACAUUAACAGGCAGACAAAAGCAGGCACAGCCCUACACGAAGCGGCUCUGUGCGGGAAAACCGACGUGGUGCGCCUCCUGCUGGAUAGUGGCAUUAACGCAACAGUGAGGAACACAUACAGCCAGACAGCGCUGGACAUCGUCUACCAGUUUACCGCUACUCAAGCUAGCCGAGAGAUCAAACAGAUGCUGCGAGAUGCAUCUGCAGCUCUGCAGGUCAGAGCUCUUAAGGAUUACUGCAACAACUAUGACCUGACGAGCCUCAACAUUAAAGCUGGCGACGUCAUCACAGUGUUGGAGCAGCACUCUGAUGGACGGUGGAAAGGAUGCAUCCAUGACAACCGAACAGGAAAUGACAGAGUCGGCUACUUCCCUUCUAGUAUAGUGGAGGUGAUUAGCAAGAGGCCGGGUGCUACAGUCAUUUGUACUGAACAGUAUCACACCAUCGCGCCGGCGAGUGUGUGUGUGUCUCCCGCCGUCGCCAUGGUGAACGGAGAAUCGUGUCAUUUCCUGCCACUAUCCCAUCAGCCACUUUUUACUUCCUUUGGCUAUAAAAGUUCACAAAACGACUCGGCCGAGCCAAUCAGCCAAGAAGGUUCCCGGGGUUCAGAUUCCUCUGGAGGGCCACAGGGGGGCAGCACUGAGGAAAUCUGGGUCUUGCGCAAACCUGCAGCAGGUGGGGACCGCAGCAGCGUGAGCAGUGCCAGCAGCACUCGCUCGUCGGGCAGCGGACAAAGCAACACACACAUCCUCCAUGCGCAGGCAGAGGGAGUAAAGCUUCUCGCCACAGUUCUCUCCCAGUCAGCGAAAGCUAAAGAGCAUCUCUUGGAACAGUCCAGAUCUGUGGAUUCACCCAUAACAACCAAUAAAGCUCCCACCUCCCGCAGUCAGAGUGUGUCCAGUUGUCCUGUCCACGAGCCGCAGUACACAGAGAGGAAAGGAGAAGAGGGGAAGACCUCAGAGGCUGUUAUUGAAUGGCUGAGCGAAUGUCAGCUGCAACUCUACGCACCAUACUUCAUCAGCGCUGGCUAUGACAUUUACACCAUUAGCAGAAUGACCCCGGAGGAUUUGACAGCAAUCGGUGUGACUAAACCGGGUCACCGCAAGAAAAUGCUCUCAGAGAUCAAUAAGCUCAGUGUCACAGAGUGGACGCUCGACCAAAAACCCUCUAAUCUCUGCGAGUGGUUAAACAUGAUUGGAUUGAGUCAGUAUCACCAGAUUUUGGUCCAAAACGGCUACGAGAACAUUGAGUUUAUCACAGACAUCACAUGGGAAGAUCUGCAGGAAAUCGGCAUUACCAAACUCGGCCAUCAGAAGAAGCUCAUGCUUGCAGUAAAGAAGCUAGCUGAAAUCCAGAAAGGCUCAGAAAAGCGAAAUAUGAGUCGUAAAAAAGCUCAGGAGCAGACAUCCACUGAGUGCCCUCCCCCUGAGUGCACGUCUCCUAAACUCAGCUCAUUAAAGGAGAAUGAGCCGAACUCUGAGAUUCCAGAUGGAUCUGAAAAGGAGACACGUACAGUUCGACAGAACAGUGGGGGUGGACAGAGAGGCAACGUUUCAACUGGCCACUCAAAAUCUCGCCAGUGUUACCCACAAGGUCCACCGUAUACACCGCCACAGACUCCAACCAAAACAAAACCCCCUUCAUCACCCAAAAAUGGAACUCAGAUGAUGGACAAGCCCACUUCAUUUCCCACACACAAAGCAUAUCAGGAAACUGGAAGGAAGGAGGAAGUGCAAAUGGACGUGGCAUCAAAUUCUGCACCACCCACUUCCGUGCCUCAGAUUCUCCUGCCACCAGAAGGCAAUGAAUCUGGUAAACAGGAACAAGAAAUGAAAAAGCGUGCUCACAGCCUAAAUCGUCACGAUGGCGAGCAGGAGCGUAAUGAAGCUGACAUGGCGAAUGCAAACACUACUGUGCAGCCCCGCCGUGUCAGCCGGAGCAACUCUGUACGUAACCAGAGUGACAAAAAUAAUGACAAAAAUGUCAAAAACGAGAAAAAUGUGAACCGGGGCAACCAAUCCAUUGCUCUGAGGCAGAAGAAGAAAGGCCCUCCUCCUCCACCGCCAAAACGUUCUAGCUCGGCUAUCUCAAGCUCCAGCACCAACCUAAAUGACAUACCUAAAGACACAGGUACUGGAAACCUUCUGGACAUCAACUACAACCCACAGAGACGAGCCAGUGCUGUAGAAACAGGCGUCACUGUGGAGACUGGGAGCGGAGGUGCUGUGGAGACGGGUAGUGUGGGGAGCGUCAGGAGUAUCGCUGCCAUGUUGGAGAUGUCAUCUAUUGGUGGAGGAGCAAAAGGACUUGCCAUGCAGAGAUCUACAGCACAUUUUCUACAGGUGUCUCAAUCAGGAGGUAGGCAAUAUGACGCGAUAGGUUUAGACGGAGAAGUGGUGAAUCGCCGCAGGACCAUCAGUGGCCCGGUCACAGACCUUGUAGCAGCGGCAAAGAAAAAAUCCCAACAAUCCGAGCCAGUACCAGUUCAAACUACAGCACAGAAUGAAAUUCAGGCCAAACCACAGGCUGAGAACCUGCAUCCUGAGGACAGAAACCUGACUGUUAAAACAAAGCCGAAGCAAAGUGAGGACAGCACAGGUGCCAUCCACCUCCCAACACAUGAGGAUUCUUCAAACAUUGAUGGAUCUAAAAAGAGGACCUGGAGCUCCAAGCCACCUCAAGAUGAAGCCCGAUUUUACCUCACAGAGUCAAACACUGUUAAACGGAGGCCCAAGAUCAGAGAGAAGGAGUCUGAGGAUGAGAGAGUUUACCAAAAUGGAACUGGCACUAUUAAGAGACGCCCGGUUUCUGAGGUUACUGUCUCUGAACAGCCCAGAUCGGUCGAGAAGCCAUUGGAGAAUGCACCUCGGAGAGAGAAAUCAGACCUGGUUGGACAAUCUGCACCUGGUAAAUCUGCUAAACCUCCAGUGUCUCCUAAACCCAUCCUCCAUAACGUGAAGAGACAGGACACUCCAGCUGAAGUGACCAAAAAAGGCACCUUUCCUGGAGCUCCUGGCAGCCCAGGUACUACACAGUGUGGCCCUUUCUCUUGCCCUGUCUUUACCCAAUUAUUUGAAGGGAAAAAAGUUCCUCCUCCGGUUUCUCCGAAACCCACUCCCCCACCCACAGCACCCAAACCUAAUAAAAAUAUCAUUCAGAAAGUUGCUGUGACUUCACUGGUGUCACCUGGCAAUCAGACCGUCACCAUAACAACCGCCACACCCCCUAUCACACCCCCUAAUUCAGCAAAAACACCAACAUCACCAGCUCAAAGUCCACAAACUCCCAUCACUCCACCCAUUAAACCACCUCGCUCUUCCAUUGGAGGAGUGUCUAUGGACGCUGGGGGUGGGGCUCCGCCAACGUCAGAGGUCAGUGGCGUGACGAGUGUGGAUGCGGUGCAUCAGAAGAUUGAGGAGACCAGUGCGUCGCUCGCUGCAGCGCUGCAGGCCGUGGAGGAGAAAAUCAAAGAGGACAGGAAUAAAGCCUUGACGGCUGAGAAUAAGAGCACAGUGAGCAUCCUGGACGACAUCGGCAGCAUGUUCGACGACUUGGCCGAUCAGCUGGAUGCCAUGCUGGAGUGAAGAGCACAAUAGUAGAGGAGCAACAAGGGCACAAAUAAACAAACAACCUCCUCCUUACUGUCCCCCUACACCAUCCUCUCUUCCUUCUGUUCAUUCCUCAUUCCAAUAAUCCUGUCUUUCUGUCCGUCAGCCUCCGGUGCACAGCCUUUAAGCGGAGGCCGAAUCUUUUAGUCUUUCAAAUGAUCGGCUAGGGGGCGUUGACUUCUGCCUGUCGUGCGUCUCGCCUGGCAACGCGCUAGUGUAUAUGAAAACAUUAUUAUGGUAUGUGUACAUUGUGUAAGCAUGAGAAAAGUUUUUAAUCUCUAAAGAACAAAAUCUCACAGUGAGAGACCUGCAUCAAUCAGUACAGUAAUAUAUAUAUAAAUAUAAUUAUAUAUAAAGAAAUAUAUAAAUAGUUUAUUUUGUUUUUAUUCAAUGGUAAAUGCAGUGUUAUGUUCAGAAGCUCUAUAAUGACACAGUUUGUGUUGGAUCUGUGCUGGUUUUCAGUGAUCUGAGUUAACAUUUUGCUUCGUGCGUUGUUUUCUUUUGGCUUGUUUUGCUGUGACCUUUGACCUCACCUACAGCAGAAUGGAUGCCCCGAAUCUGGCUGUGUUCCAAAUGCUAGUAUUUGAUCAAACCAUUCUUACUAGACUCUGUUCGACUAGACACCAUUGCACUGUCAUGGCCUUAUUUCAGGGCAACUUUGCAGCUCGCGUACAUGAUUAGUGCUCUUCAACAAUCCCCAUAGAGGACACAGGGACUCUAAACAAAUGACCUCCAGAGCUAUGCUACACAUACCGUAGCCAUGCCACUUCAUCACACACUCAUUCUCAGUGUUAAACUUGACACACGUAGUGCAUUAUGGGUAACAACCAUCAAGAAGAAUCGCCUAACUGAGGAGAUCUAAUAUUCCAACGACUGGUUCAGUGUCGACAUUCUGCCCCUUUAAUACCACCUCAUCCUACAGUGUCUCUUUGAUUCGUGUGCCUUAACACGACCGGUGACCUCACACACACACACACAUACACACACACUCACAUAUACACACACAUACUCACACACACACUCACACACACACACACACACUCAUACACACUCACACACACACACACACAUAUACACACACACAUACAAAUCACAUUUAAAAACCAGUCCUCCAGCUGAAGAAGAAAAUCUUAAUAAACGUUUCAUUAUAACUUAAAUAUUCAAAUAUUACGUAGUACACAUGGUUAUAUUAUUAUAGAUGUUUUCCAGAAAAACUUUAUUCUAAUGAUGUGUGUGCACCAUAACGAGGGCUUUUAGGUGUGUGUGUGUAUACACACACACACACACACACACACACAUAUGAAUUUAAAUGAAUUGUAUUGUAGUUAAAUGAAUUACUUUGUACAGGCAUGUGCCAGUAAUCAGUUACGGUAUCAUGAUUUUUAACACUUAUUGUGGACACUUCAGUAUCUGCAGCUUGUCCUGGCUGAAAGGUUGAAAGGACAACAGGCUCAAAAAACACCAAGCAGCCAAAGGAGCAUCAUGCAAUUCCAUAACAUGUCACGCUUUUCCAUCCAACAUUUCCAUGUGUGAUUACACUAAACAUCGUGAUACAGGAACAGAAUAUCAGCACAUGCCUGACGUGUGUAAUGUUCCUUUUUUUAAUGUAUGUGCCUUGUCCCGAUUCUGUUCUUUUUUUAGUGUAAUUGUGUAGAAACUGUGUACAGAGUCAUGAAGACUUUUUUUUCAGCUUUGUAUAUAGCAAAACUGCAUUGCUUAAUUCUUUAUUAACAUUUUAAAAUGCCUGUGCUUUUAUUUUUAUUGCAUUUUAUUCAUCUUUCAGAUUCUAAAAAGAAAAAAAUUAUGUGCAAAAUAUUAUAUAUAUUGGUUCGAAAAUGUUUUAUUUUCACUGUUUGGCAGAGAUGUUUAUUUAAAAAGAAGACAAAGUGAGAUUCCCUGCACGGCUCACCGGUGUGUGUGUGUGUGUGUGUGUGUGUGUGUGUGUGUGUGUGUGUGAGAGAGAGAGAGAGAGAGUGCAGGCUGUAUAUUGUGUUCAUGUUCCUGCUGUUGGUUCGUAUUGAGCUGUGUUCAUAUUGCCAUUGGGAAACGUGGUGUGCUUGCAGUGAUGCACCAAAAAACCACCUGCUCUAAAUAAAUGUUCGACACAAAUAAACUUC